UCAGGGGUGUACUUUGAGUCGCCACUUUCCACUUGCGUCAUGUUUGCAUAAAUGUUUGCGUUGAGAUUAGUAUUUUUUAAUGUUUUUUUUUUAUUAUUAAAAUAAACUUUUGAUGCGAAAUGAAAUUAUACGACGUGAUACCAAAAAAAACAGCGGUAGUUAUGCACUGCUUCAUUUGUUUGACAUUCUUAUGCCUCGCAUUAUCGGACAACGCAUUACCUAAAAAAAAACAGUUAUAUGGAAAACAUGAAAACGGUGCAAAUGAAAUGAAUAAUGAAGUAGAGUCAUUGAACCCAUCGUUCCGCAAACCGAUGUUUAUGAAGUAUUCAAACAGUAAAAUUUAUACUCAUGGGAAUGACCUUAUUUUAACUUGCAUGGCAACAGGAGAAAAACCAUUAAAGUACACCUGGAUGUAUAACGGAGAAGUUAUAGCAGCCAAAAAAAGAUUAAAGUUUGCGGAAGACCAAUCCAUGUUGAAAAUAAAAAGAUUACGUGAAAGUGACGGAGGUUUCUACACUUGCACAGUUAGCAAUAGUUUUGGAAAUCUAUCAUUCACUUACAACAUUAAAUUAAAAAGUCUAAAGUCAAAAGUACCAUCGUUUCCAGAUUAUGAAAUGAUGUUACGCAAGCAGAAAAAUAUUAGAGCGACAAAACAAGCUAUAAAACUACCGUGUCAAGCUCAUGCCGACAAUGGUGUGCAUUAUAUAUGGCUUAAAAAUGGUGAACCUUUUAGACACGUACCUAUUCAAAAUGAAAACACCUUGAAGUCUGAGAAUGCUGAAGUUGGAGACUUGAUUUUUGAAAGUCUUAAAGUAAACGAUGCUGGUUUGUAUACAUGCGUGGCAAUAAAUGACUUUGGAAAUAUUUCAUUCACCUACGAACUAAGAAUAUUGUGGAAACUAAGUGCUGGUCCACCAAAGGUUAUUCCUUUUACAAAACCGCAAUUUCAAAUAGCUAAAGUUGGCGAAAAUGUAACGUUCGAGUGUUUGGAAAUAUUAUCCGGAACUAUACCAGACGUACGUUGGUUUCAUUUGUUCAACAAAGAAGAUCGCUUAAAACUGCCUGUUAUUCCAGAAGACUUUCGAUGGAAUGACGUUAAUCAAAAAGAGAUGCCUUUUGAAUCAAAUUAUGUUUCAGCUGAUCACUACUCUGUUUUUAAAUUGAAGACAGCAUAUCAUAAGCCAAUGAACAUGUAUGUUCAUGAUGAUACAGACCCAUAUGGUUUACGUUUGACAAUUUCAAACGUAACAACCAUGGACACCGGAGUUUAUACCUGCUUUGUUUCAAACUUUGAAGGAAGUGACUAUUCCUUCUUUUUCUUGCAAGUGCAGUAAAACAUUUUUCUCAGACAAAAUAAAAGCAUAAAAAAUACUAGUAUGAAACCACGGAAAAACCUACAUCACGGAAACGUCAUGUUACUUUUCUAAAAAAUAUGCCGCUGUAAAUAUUUUUAGAAUGUGAAACUUUUUCUAACUUAAAUUUAAAGUACAAAUAACAAAAAAAACGAAAUUAUAAAUUUUUUAUAAUAAUGUUAACUAUUGACUUGUGUAUUAUAUGUGCUAAAAGUGUAUAUUAGGAA